AUGGAAGAAGACGGCAAGAUCGUCCCCAAGUUGCCAAUCCCAGGCAAGAGAAAUAUACUAAUCACCAGUGCUUUGCCUUACGUCAACAACGUACCUCAUCUAGGAAAUAUCAUUGGUUGUGUUCUAAGCGCUGAUGUCUAUGCUAGAUACUGUCGUCUUCGUGGCUAUAACGCGAUAUAUAUAUCUGGAACAGAUGAAUACGGAACUGCAACAGAGACAAAAGCUUUAGAAGAGAAUUGUACACCAAGAGAGAUCUGUGACAAGUACCAUGCAAUUCAUAAACAAGUUUAUGAUUGGUUUGAUAUAAGUUUCGACAUGUUUGGUCGGACUUCAACUCCUGAACAGACAAAAGUUUGCCAAGAAAUCUUCAACAAGCUGUGGGAAAACGAGUGGAUUUCAGAAGAUACUAUGAAACAGCCUUACUGUGAUACAUGCAAGAAGUUCUUAGCUGAUCGUCUUGUUGAAGGUUUUUGUCCAACUGAGAAAUGUAACUAUGAUUCUGCUCGUGGAGAUCAAUGUGAAAAGUGUGGAAAGGUUUUGAAUCCUACUGAGCUUAAAGAUCCUAGGUGUAAGGUUUGUAAAACCACACCUAGAUUUCGAGACACGGACCACUUGUUUCUUGAGCUUCCGUUGCUAAAAGAUAAGUUGAAAAAGUAUGUUGAAGAGACAUCAGUUACUGGAUCUUGGAGUCGGAAUGCUAUUCAAACGACAGAUGCAUCUCUUAAGGACGUGUCUAGAUCUGAUGAAAACGAAAGCGAAAGGGAGGGGCUUAAGAAAAGAUGCAUUACAAGGGAUUUAAAGUGGGGAGUUCAAGUUCCACAUGAGAAGUAUAAAGAAAAAGUCUUCUACGUUUGGUUUGAUGCUCCUAUUGGUUACGUUUCGAUAACAUCAUGUUACACAUCUGAAUGGGAGAAGUGGUGGAAGAAUCCUGAGAAUGUUGAGCUUUAUCAGUUUAUGGGGAAAGAUAAUGUCUUUUUCCACACUGUGUUGUUUCCUUCAGCGCAGCUUGGAACUGGUGAAGAUUGGACUAUGAUGAAGACAGUUAGUGUGACUGAGUAUUUAAACUACGAAGACGGCAAGUUCUCUAAGAGUAAAGGUGUUGGAGUGUUUGGUAAUGAUGUAAAAGAUACAAAUAUACCUGUCGAAGUGUGGAGAUACUACUUGCUGACCAACAGGCCUGAGAAGUCUGAUACAGAUUUUAAAUGGGACGAUUUGAGAACAAAGCUUCAUGACGAGUUGUUGAGUAAUCUUGGAAACUUUGUUAAUCGAGUUCUGAGUUUUCUAGCAAAGCCUGAAGAUAAAGGAGGUUAUGGAUCUGUCAUUCCUGAUGCUACUGAUCCUGAAUCUCAUGAUUUUACUAGAUCACUUGUUAAAGACGUUGGAACAUUGGUGGAAGAAUAUGUUGAAGCUAUGGAAAAGGUUAAGCUCAAGAAAGGGCUUCAUAUCGCAAUGACUAUAUCGAAAGCAGGGAACACAUAUUUGCAGGAUACCAAAUUUUGGAAACUCUACAAAGAAGACAAACCUUCAUGUGCAGUUGUUAUAAGAACUGCAGCUGGUUUAGUACACCUUCUUGCGCGUUUAUUAGAACCUUUCAUGCCAUCUUUUUCUCGUGAGGUGUUUAAACAGCUAAAUUUGCCACCACAUUUUUCACUCUCGGACGAGAAAGGAGAGGUAUUACAAGCAAGUAGACUUUGGGAGUUUCUGCCUCCUAGUCACAGGAUUGGAACACCUCAAACAUUGUUCAAGAAAUUGGAAGAGGAAGAGAUGAACCAUUACAGAGAAAAGUUUGCGGGAAGUCAAGCUGAUAGACUUGCUAGGGAUGCAAACGGUACUACAGGAAGACCUCGAUAG